AUGGCCGUGCUACUUCCUCACCGUCCGUAUAUCACACCAUCUGACGCUCUUCGUUCGACUCACCUUCGGAACACUCCCCUUCACCUUCCGACUGGCAGUACUGCCCCUCACCCGCCGAGUCCCAUUGCAGAUCUCCUCCUCCUUAGCCUUGGUCUCUGCCCUCUUCUUAGCCUCCUCGGCCUCGUCAGCAUCCUCUCUUCUCUUUUCGGCCCGAGCCACGCUCUCGCAUUUGACGCAAUUCCAGUCUCGCCGAACCCAACACUCAUGCGUACGACAGUACCACAUAUGGCCCUUCUUCGCACAGGAAUUCUUGAAGAUGCCGUUCUCGCAUAUGGGACAGUGGUGGGACGUUGGCAUAUUUAA